AAAAAGCUACAGAGAGUUGCGCUGUGUUACACAAGUUGACGUUUGCCAGGAAAUCUAAUCCUGUCAUAAAACAAGACACACAUAUAAAAUAAAAAACCUUGGAUGUUUGAUUGUACUUAUUCACCUUAAGGCAGUUGGAAAACAGGGAAGUCUGCAUUCUGAUUCUGUGAGGAAGUGAUUAUUUAAGGUGGGAACUUCCUGAAUUUGUUACUCAUUUUCUCAGUUAUAUGAAGGGCAAUAUGGAUAUAAAAACUGAAACUCUUAGUCUGAAUAAUCCUUUAGAUGGAGAUGCCCCUGGCACAGGCUGAGCACAGGUGAGGUGGGUCCUGGUGGGUGGAGAAGGCAACACAAUCCACUUCUGAAAAAAUAAUGAGUAGUCAGUGGAGCAUUGAGUGGAGUAAGCAGAUAACUCCGUUCUUGUUGAAGGCAUCAGUCAUGCUGGAGUGCCAAGGCAGAGGCAGGAGAGAGGUGUUUGGAGAAGGGGUGAGGAUGGUGAAAAGUUGCAGGUGCCUGAGAAGGAAGUGAGGGGAAUGGGAUGCUAUAUGUAACCAUUUUAAAACCAAAAUCAGUUAUAAACAGAAGAAAUUUUUAAUGUUUCCUGUGUUGCAGUUAAACCAUAAGAACAUUGACACUUGGAUGCAGGGGCUAAGUGAAAGGGAAAUUCAGAAUAUUAAUCUCAGGAAAAAAAUACUUGAAAGGGAGAAACAGAUUAAAGAACUUUCAUCCAUGCUUCAGUGUGAAAAACUCAACAUACAGAAAAGAGACCACCUGUCAAGGUCAGUAAAGGAAGUACAAGCUCACCUGCAGUGUCAGAUUGAAAGAAAAGAAGCAGAAAACAAUGAAUUAAAAGUGAAAAUACAGACUCUAGAAAACAAAAUUGCAGAGUGGAAACACAAAAUUGGUGAAUACAAGUGCCAGAAGUUAGCCUUAAAGGAAACAAGUGAGCAAAAGAAGAUUGCUCUGAAAAAAGCAUUAAGGUCCCAGAAACAAAGAGCUCAACGCUUAGAAGAAGCUGUGAAAGAUGUAACCCCUAAAAUAAGAGAACAUGAAGUCAAACUGUGUGAAAUACUGUCAGCCUCUGAUGUCUGGAAAAAACAGCAUGGUAGAAUAGCUGAAGAAAAGAAAAUGUUAGAAGUUCAAAUAGAAGAUCUUGAGAAUGAGAGUUUUGGAAGCAUUGUGUAUUAUAGAGAACUUGUUGCCUGUCUAACAAGUCAGAUCAGAGGCCUGAUGGAAGAUGUGGAAAGAAGGGAGGAACAGAGGAGAAACUCAGAAGAGGAAAUUCUUGGAAAGCUAAAUUCUUUUAACUCUGAAAAUGAAAAGAUUUACCUUGAAAACAAAAAAUUAAAGGCUUCCCUUGCUACACUGGAGAAAAGUACAGAGUCUGUUGAAUAUGAGUUGCUACAUCUGCAAGAAAAAGUAAAGCUGCAGGAAAACCUUGUAGAACAGCAUAAAAAUGAGGUACAAAAAAGACAAAUUGCAGUAGAAGAAUUGAAAUCCAGAUAUGAAACAGUCUUAAAUGAAAACAAAAAAAUAACAGAAACCAAAUGCUUAGAAGCAGAUAAGGUGAGGGACAAAACAGAGGCUGAGUUAAAGGAGUUGGAACAUGUUUGUGACUUGCUGAAAGCAUCUGAGGAAAACCAGCAAAAGCUUCUGUCCUGGGAAAUGAUCCGUGCACACAAAUGCAAAACCCUUAGGGAGCUGGAGCUUCAGGAUAACCAUAGUGUAACUUCUAUGGGCAAUCUUGGCUUAGAAGAAGAGAUCUGUAACAUUCAGAAGAUAUACAAAGAUCUUCAAAGGCAAUUAGGAGAGGUGGAAUAUCAGAAUGAAGAACUUGCUUAUCAGCUCAGAAAAGAAGAUGAGAAUCUUCAGAGCAGUAAAUUGCAGCUUGAAGAGAAAAUUGCAGAAUAUAAUGCAUUAACCAGACAACUUGAAUCUGCUUUGGAAGAAGGGAGAAAAAUGGUAGCUGAAGAACAGGAAAAAAUGUCAUUUAAGGAACAAGCCUUUCAGACAAAGCUGCUGCUUCUUGAAGCUGAAGUGAGAAAGAGGCAAGAAGAAAAAAAACAACUCCUCUGCUUAUUUCACCAGAAUGAAAAGCACCAUGAAGUACACUUGAAGGAGCUGGAGAACACCUUACAGAAGUCAGAGAACGAGAACCAGAGCAUCCAGAAUUAUGUGCAGUUUUUGAAAGAUGCAUAUGUAACAAUAUUUGGCUGAAUUCUUUAAUCUAGUUUAUAGUGAAGAAACCCAUGAAGAUUGGACUCCCAGUCUUGUGGGAGGUGAAGCCAUUGAGUCCUUACACUAUUUUGCCAGUUUGAGUUCUAUAAUGUUAAUGUUAAUCCUUCCCUAGGAAAACAUCUGCUGUGGGCAAGAGGAGCAGGUCAGCCAUUGCUGUGUAUCCGAGUGCCUGGUGACACCGGAGCUGAUAUUCCUGACAGAACCAUUGUGUCACCCAUGGCACAGCAGUGCACAGGCCGAGUGCACAACAGCAGCAGCAGGUGCGUGGGUGGGGUAUGCACACAAAAUUGGGCUGUAGAAUCUUACCUGAGUCCUUUUAGUCCAUGGUGAGUGCAGAUGAUCACAGAUUAUCUUUCAAUUCAAUGAGAUCUAACCUAUUAAGACAGGCAAAAAUUGAGAUCGUUAGAUCCCUUCCUUUUUUCCCCCUGUAGUUAGCACCAGUUUAGCCCACACUGCUGCUCUACGUGGGAGUUGCCACCACAAGGCUGUCUCACCUAGCCAUUUUCCUCUACAUCUCAUUAUGCUCAGGAAUAUACUAUAGUAAUAAUUUAUAAACAGAAGUUGGAAAAUCUUUCCGAUACAGGUAUAGUUUGAGCUCUGGAUGUGCUGACCUACUCUGGUGACACAGCUCCAGUAAGAUAUUUAAAUAUUUAUCUGAGUUCAAAGGUUGUUGUUCACCAAGAUUGACUUGUGCCUCAGGUAAAACACAUGCAAAUAUUCAGCUGAUACAGGACUAAUACAAAAAAUAAUUCUGGAUUUAGUUUCAGUUGUAAAUUCUAAUUAGUUUUGUAGAUAUAUGCUGUGAUAUGUUUUUCAAAAAUAGUACCUUCAAAUAAAUAUUUGUGAUUUACAAUAUGUACUUAAAUAAUAUAUAUUUUUGACUAAAACCAUAAGUUUGUUCAUGCAUAGACAAUACCAAUUCCGUUUCAUUGUUAGUUAUUAGUAAUGUGUUCAAUAUGGACCUUUUUGUUUUUGCAAAUGCUAAUCUAUCUUAUACUGAUGUGUGGUAAUGAUAUACUUCUGUGCACUUUUUAAAAAUAAAAUUGUCAUUU